AUGGAGAACCAGUCAUCUCAAAAUAAUUUCCACUUCUUAGGAUUCAGUGACCAAGUUCCCUCCCAUAUUUUUCUCUUCCCAUUAUUUUUCCUCAUGUACAUUAUUACGGUAGCAGGUAACAUUGGAAUCAUAUUGUUGAUAUGGACAAACAAACAUCUCCACAACCCAAUGUAUUAUUUUCUUGCCAAUUUGGCCUUCAUUGACCUUUGGUAUGCCUCUGGUAUUACUCCUAAGAUGCUGACUGACCUGAUGUCUUCAGAAAAGAACAUAUCCUACUUAGGGUGUGCCUUGCAAAUGUAUUUCUUUGUAGCUCUGGGCAGUACUGAGAGCUUUGUACUUGCACUGAUGGCUUUUGAUCGCUAUGUUGCAAUAUGUAAUCCCCUUAUUUAUUUAAUGAAAAUGACCAAAAAUACUUGUUUUCAGAUGCUGACUGGAGCCUAUAUAGCUGGUUUUCUCCACUCAUUAAUACAGACAUGUUGCAUGUUUCGACUUUCAUUCUGUGGGUCUCAUCAGAUCAGACAUUUCUUUUGUGAUAUUGUGCCCUUGCUAAAACUUUCCUGCUCAGACACAACCAUAAAUGAGCUUGUUGUAUCAUUAUUUGCUUCUUCUGUUACUAUAAGUUCAAUUAUUGUUAUAGUCAUAUCCUAUGCUUCAAUUCUACAAGCUGUUUUUAGAAGAUGUUCACCCCAGGGAAGACACAAAGCUCUUUCAACAUGUGGCUCUCAUUUUAUUUGUGUAAUUUUGUUAUAUAGUACUGUUAUUUUCAUGUACAUGAGACCAAGUUCCAGUUAUUCCCUGGAUCAAGACAGAAUUGUUGCUAUAGUUUAUACGCUGGUUAUUCCUAUGUUGAACCCUCUAAUUUACAGUUUAAGGAACCGAGAAAUGAAGCAAGCAUUAAAGCAAGCAAACUGCAAUUUUAUGUGGCUAAACAAGUUAUUAUUGAGGUAA